UAAGUAGCCGCAUGCUUGCACGUCUCAUGCAUUCACAGAGCUUAGCUAGCUAGCUGCCAAGAGCUGCCCUGAACCCUAGCUAGUAGUAGCUUCCCGGAACACCGUCACCAGUAGCUCGAUCUCACCUAGGUAGGGAACAGUGACACAGAGCAGCAAGCUGCCUAGCUAGCCAAUGGCGUGCAAGCGGGCCACCACGCGGGAGCUCCGGGCGAUGUACGAUGACGAGCCCUCCUCCAUGUCCCUCGAGCUCUUCGGCUACCACGGCGUGGUCGUCGACGGUGAUGAUGAGGAGGGCGACACCGCCACCGCCCUCCCCCAGCUCUCCUUCGUCGAUAACUUCAAAGGCGGGUGCGGGUCAGCAGCGGCGGACUACUACAGCUGGGCGUACAACGCCUCCGGUGGGACGCCCGGCGCCUCCUCCAGCUCCACUUCUUCGGUGCUCAGCUUUGAGCAUGCCGGCGGUGCCGGUCAUCAGCUGGCUUAUAAUUCCAGCACAGGUGACGAUGACUGUGCGCUCUGGAUGGACACCAUGGCCGAUCAGCAUGGCGCUGCCAAGUUUGGGUUCAUGAACCCAGGGUCGGCCGAUGUCGUCCCAGAAAUCCAGGAGAGCAGCAUCAAGCAGCCGGCCAAGUCUGCGCAGAAGCGCUCGAGCUCGGGUGGUGAGGCGCAAGCGGCGGUGAAGAAGCAGUGUGGAGGAGGCAGGAAGAGCAAGGCCAAAGUUGUGCCUACAAAGGACCCUCAGAGCGUCGUUGCAAAGGUCCGAAGAGAGCGCAUCAGCGAGAGGCUCAAAGUUCUGCAGGAUCUGGUCCCCAAUGGCACAAAGGUGGACAUGGUCACCAUGCUCGAGAAGGCAAUCACCUAUGUCAAGUUCCUGCAGCUGCAAGUCAAGGUGCUGGCGACCGACGAGUUCUGGCCGGUGCAAGGGGGGAAGGCGCCGGAGCUCUCCCAAGUGAAGACCGCCCUGGACGCCAUCCUGUCUUCUCAGCAGCAACCCUAGGCCAUGGAUGCAUGCAUCCAUGUUGAAUUUUUUACCCAAGUUUUAGAUGAUCGCGGCACGUGUAAGAUCAGAACAGAAAAGAGAGCACAAGCUCUGUAAAAAUACAUGGCAGAUCAUGUUUUUUGUUUCACUCCUUUUAGAUCAAUUCUCCUUGUUUUUUAUGUGAUCGGGAUUUGAAGUUCCGAUCACUGUA